AUGUCGGCCCCACAACAAAUCGCAAACAUUACAGUUAACAUCUUCCUCAGCACUCUCCACCACAACCGCAAUAACCUCGACGGAAUCCUCGCACCAGACCAAACAUUCCGCUUUGGCAACGGCGAGAUCCGAUGGAGCCUCGUUAACAACGAGCCCCACGUGCAUAUCACGCUAGACUGCACUGGCGGUGUCUGCUGGACCUUCAACUGGUCGCCCAGAUAUGGUCAACGGAUUUUAGAACCUCGUCCAAGACUAGGUCCUGAGGAUGGUUUAAUACUGGCCGUCCAUAUGGAGAAUAUGGCGCAGGAUGAUAUUCUCUAUUUGAGUCAAACGCAGACGCCGAGUGGUGGAAUAAAGGAUGCGACGCUGAGGGUGAGCGGGUAUCAAAUUAAGUUUGUCAAAAGUGAUGUUCCUUUACUGUACUGA